ACAGAAGACAGCAGCAAUGUGAAUGAACUAGCUCUGGAGAUAGUUAAGCGUGCCAUUGCUGCUGCUAUUAAGUUUGUGGAAGAAACUAAAAACCCCAUCAAGAACAUCCAGUGGCUCACCCAUGGUGAAUUCACAGCAGAGAAAGGCCGUAGACAAAUUGAGAAGUUUGUUUUGACUUGGGAGUAUCAAGAACGCUGGGUGCACCACACACAGUUCAUAGAGAGGAAAGACGUGGUUCACAGCUACUACUACCUCUACUGCGUACGCUGGAGCAUCCCGACCGCUAUGAGACCCAUGCUACAAGUCUCCGCCUCUGCCUACUUCACCGUCAAGAUCACCAAAAACAAACCUCCAGAUAUGCCCAUUGAGGUCUCUUACGUCUUUGAGGGCCAUUCGUUAGUUCACAGACCAGGAAUGACUCGCUUUCGAGAAAAAUGGCUGAGGGACAUUACUGAGGCCAAAAGUAUUUUAAUGGAGUCAAUUGCCUUCUAAUUCAAUGGUGUCUA